GUUUUUUUUUACACAAACGCCAACGCAUAAUUUAGUUUUAGUUUAGAAUUUUUUUCAAAUUAUAAUUUAUUAUACAAUUUGUUUUUAACUUAACUGGGCACCAACACGUUUGGCUGUCGUCGCGACGGCAACUUGAAUGAACACGCACCGCAUCAGUUGUGCGUUGAUGUUGUUGCUGUAAAAAUUGUGUGUGUGCAAUUGGAAGUGGGCAAAAAAUAGAUAUAAAAAGUAAAAAUGUCGAAGAAUAAAAUAAACACAACCGCAGCGCAGGCAGCAAAUGCCGAAACGAAUCUAAUUGAAGUGAAAUCAAAGUUCGAUGCGGAGUUCCGACGUUGGAGCUUCAAGCGCCACGAGCCAGAACAGAGCUUCGAUAAGUUCGCCUCACUGAUCGAGCAGCUGCACAAAUUGACCAACAUACAAUUUCUAAUACUCUACAUUGAUCCUUGCGACAACGAUCUGCUGCCCAUCAACAACGACGACAACUUUGGGCGUGCAUUGAAGACGGCGCGACCGCUGUUGCGAGUCAUAGUUCAGCGUAAAGACGAUUUGAACGAGUAUUCGGGCUUUGGCACGAUGAAGCCGCGUAAUUUGAUUGGCAGCAUACUUGGCCACACGCCCGUUAAGACCAAAGCACCAUCCAUAUCCAUACCGCACGACUUUCGUCAGGUCUCGGCCAUCAUUGAUGUGGACAUUGUACCAGAGACGCAUCGACGUGUCCGCCUGCUGAAGCAUGGAAGCGAUAAGCCGUUAGGCUUCUAUAUACGAGAUGGCACCUCGGUGCGUGUUACGGCCAACGGAUUGGAGAAGCAGCCAGGCAUCUUUAUAUCACGUCUGGUGCCUGGUGGACUGGCUGAGAGCACUGGAUUACUCGCUGUCAACGAUGAGGUCAUCGAAGUUAAUGGCAUUGAGGUGGCAGGCAAGACGCUGGAUCAGGUAACCGAUAUGAUGGUAGCAAAUAGCUCCAAUUUGAUCAUCACUGUGAAGCCAGCAAAUCAGCGCACCUUAACGUCAACACAUCGCGGCUCCUUCUCAAGAAACAGUCAGCUAUCGAGCGGAUCACAUCAUACAAAUCACACCAAUACAUCCGAUGAGCUGGAGCAUGAUGAUCAGGAUGACAUCGUUGAUUUAACUGGCGUUACGCUUGACGAGAGUCCCAUCGGUGGUAAUGGAGGAGGCGCUGCAGCAGCUGCUGGAGGAGGAGGUGCUAGCUGCGUGACAGUGAACAGCAGCAGCAACAGCAACAGUCAGCAAUUGUCCUCGUCGCCGUCCAUGCAUCAUAAACAAGCUGCAUCAAAUGCAUCGACAAUAAUGGCCAGUGAUGUCAAGGAUGGAGUUUUGCAUUUGUAAAUGGAUGCACAGGAUCAAAUGCUAAUGAAAGACAACACACACACACACACACAAACACAUACACAUGUUUAAUAUAUAUGUUAUAUAUGCAGAUAUAUGCAACACCAACACACACACACACACAUUCCACAUUUCGUCUAACGUUUCCAUUUCCAAUAUUUGUUGUGCAUAGACAUUUGUUUAUUUUUAAUUCAUAUAUUUUUCAUAAGCAUUAAUGUCCUUGUUAAACAUAUAUA